ACCAAGAAUUCGUGUUUAUUUAUAAUGUACUCUGUUACUCUGCCAUUAAACUCCAUUGAUUAUCUCUUUUAAUAUCGGCAGAGCAGCUACUCAACGCGGCAGAGCAGCUACUCAACGGAACUAUACUUCACUUUUCGACAAAAAUUGUUUUAUUCUCUCCGAACUGCGUGACUUCGUGGAUUAAAGAGUUGCGUGAUAACUAAAUAUUGACAUCUGGGGAGGAGUCAACCGUGGGUUUAGUUCAUCGACCGCGUGCUAACGCAUCAACUCUCCUCUCUGAGCGAGUAUUAAAUGAAAGACGAAGAAAACAAUGGCGACUUUGGGACUACGACUUUGUUUUGGAAUAGUGUGGAGUUAUGUAUACAGAAACAUUUCCGCUUUUGAAGUUGAACCGAUUAGCUGCCUUUCCACAUUCUGUCAAUGAAGCUUAAACCACCAGUCGACGCUAUGAGUUAUUAUCAUAUUCCUAUUCAUCGCUGUCGUCAUUGAUUUUUACUUAAACUGCAAAAAAGUCAGGCUCAACGCUUCAUUUUAUUUUCAUACUCAUGAGUGCAUGAUUUGAAAAAAUGGCCAAUUUUCUGUUCAUCUGGCUGAGUGGUGAUGCACAAGCAUACUGCAUGAAUACCUAAUCAACAGGUGACAAUGGUAGCUGACAGGAAAACCAGACAAAAAGCUGAUUGGUAACCAGUGAGCAGUGGACCCUAUGUCUCACAAAGGAGGAAUUUAGAGGAAAGCUCCUGGUCAGUUAAAGUGAUGGUAUGGGAUGGGGCUAAACUCUGUCUGAAUAAACUGCUACCCAUAAUGUCUCCUAUGUCAUAUGUCUUCUCCAGAUUAAGAACUGCCAGAUGACAUGGUGAGAUGAUAGUUUUCUUAAAUGACUGAAUCAUGAUGUUCAUAUCAUGACUUGGGAAUUAAAGUGGCGUGUUUAGUCGAGUGCUGCACCUAUUUUAGGGCAGCAUUUGAAUAAAACUCCUUAUUUGGGAACAGCACAGUAGACCUCUUUAGUUCGUAUGAUUUUUUUACCCAUUUCAGGUCAUUUGAUGACACUGAUUUAGAGAACUGCUGUUUUAUUUUUAAUUUCCUGUUUUUUGACUGAAUUACUUGUGUAUGAUUUACAAAAGGUAAACUGCUGGGAAUCCCUUGAGAACUGUGAGGGUAAACAAAACAUACCUUACAUUCAAUUAAGCAAAAGGGGUCUAUUAACUAUGCAACAUUCUGUUGGUAAUAGAUCCAUGAUUACCAUCAUGAAUAUAGAACAAGGUUCUACACUUUCUGAGUAAAAGAACCAAAAAUUGAAAUGAAAAUGAAAUGAAUUGUGGUUCGCAUGAGUUCACUGAAAUUGUGUUUUGAGAAUAGUAUACUUUAACAGAGGGCAAGUUUUGUUAAAUAUAGCAAUGUUUUAGAAAACGGUAUGAUUUUUUUUUUCUUUCAAAGGCAUCUAGGACAUGGGUUUCAUAAAAACCGUUACAAAAGAAAACAAAUUUACUGAGGUCAAGCCAGUACACAUUAGGCAUUUUCCUGGAGAAGCCUCCCAACAUCUCGCCUUUAAUAGAGUUAUUUAAUGAUUUUUUUUAAUGACAAGCAGCGAAAUCAUUUCAAGGGGUCACGAGAAGAUACAAUGUGGUCUAUUGAUCACUGCAAAUGAGACUGUUUCUGGCUCGUCAAGGUGCUGAAUAGUGGUCUUCCUUUUCUUGAGGUAAUCCUUCGUUUUGACUCUUCAGUUUUUGCUUAGCAAAAUAACUUCUUAUAACUUCUUACUUUUCGAGUACCUUUGUACUGCUAGGGAACAAGUGUGUUAUUAUGAGAUGGAUAAGAACGGCGAAGAACUUAUAUCGUGGGUAGCCCCAAGAUUGCAGGGCUGCUUGUUAGAAUGUAUACUUCCCCAUACAACCGCCUUGUGGUUCAGCAAGAAAUAAAAUAAGUUGAGGCGAAAUGAAGUCAAAUUAAGGACGUCAAGGUAAUGAUUAUAAUCCACUUUCAACCAUACAAGCAAGAGUAGAAACGUCUCCAUAGGCAGUUCCCUUACAUAUAUUCUGUUUGUGUGAGAUCCAAGGGGGAUUGAAAUCGGGAUUUCAAUCAUUACUUCGCUUAAGUCUCUUGCCUGAUAAGACUAUAAAGUUUUUCUCGGUGUUUGAGUAAAGGAAGAUUUUUUUUUCUAUUUUAUCUGCAAGUGAGGAAUUAACUCGUUACAUCGAUUCAGGAUACCGAAGCAUGCCUGUGUUCAUUUCACUGUUUGUUCCUUUUAUCGCUUUGUAUUAUUUGAAAAAAAUUCAGUCGGAUUAACAAUUACGAUUUACUUACAUAGGACUUAUCUAAAUAACUUGAGUUUUUUAAUGAUGUACUGUAUUUUGUUACCCCAGCCGAUCAUAAGAACUGCCUUACAAGGAAUGGAAACACGACGCAAAAAUGUUAUUUAUUGCGUGAAGUACCUCGGACUAGGAAGUCCAGACCCUCUCUCUUUUUGUAAUCCGUCGUGAGAGUCGCUGCAAAUCGGCGAAAAAAUAUCUCGAAAAGAUACCUUUGUGCGUUACGUUUGUCGCUGUGAUGAACAAGUGAUAAGCUGGACCCCUUCCAUAAAACGGAUGGACUACGUGUUGCAGUUGUGUAUGAAAGCUUCAGACAACCAGAAAAAAACGGCAUCAAAACUUGAUGACAGGGCACUUCUCCGGGCGCUAUACGUACGGCUGAGUCCUGGAGAAAUUCAAGAUGAGUGCCGCGUGGAUUCUGCCGUUGCAGUUGUUUCUUUCAGUUGGAUUUGUGGCAGGAGAUUGUGACGCACCGUUAGGAAUACAAAGUGGAAAGAUUCCAAACUCAGCAAUAACGGCCGCAACUCAGUAUGGCGCAAAUUGGGAGCCUUACAGGGGAAGACUCAAUCAGCAGACAUCAUAUCUUGCGGGAUCUAACAACAAGGGCCAGUGGCUCCAGGUGGAUUUCGGUAAAGUGGUCAAAGUGACGAAAAUCGCCACCCAAGGUCGCUAUAAUGCGAAUCAGUAUGUCACAAAGUAUGUAUUGUCCUCCAGCCUGGACGGUGGUUUUUUUCAGUUUCAAGAACACAAGCCUUACACUGUCCCUCGGGAAUAUUAUGGGAACAGCGAUUACCAAUCUGUGAAGAUGAACGUUUUGGAUGAACCGAUCAUCGCUCGUUAUAUUCGCAUCCACCCGACUGGUUACCACGGUUACACGGCAUUGAGGGUUGAAAUGUAUGGCUGCGAGUCAGGUUUUGACAUUCCAAAACUUCCAGCGUGUUUUGGAGGUUUAGGUAUGGAAGAUAACAAAAUCCCUGACUCGUCCAUAACCGCUUCCAGCUUUUAUAACUCAAACUAUAAACCCAGUAAUGGUCGGCUAUACCAACAACCGUAUGGUUGGUUGGCUGCUUCCAGUAAUCUCCAGCAAUGGUUUCAAGUAAAUUUUGGAGACUGGACCAAGGUGACCAGAUUCUGCACGCAAGGUAGAGCGAACGCAGGCCACUGGGUAACCAAGUACAAACUGGCUUAUAGCUACGAUGGCGUGUUUUUUAGGGAUUAUCUGGAAGAUAGUCUCUCAAAGGAAUUUGUAGGCAACACAGACAAUUAUCUACAAGUAUGCCACGAUCUCAAAAAUCCAGUUGUCACAAGAUAUAUCCGCAUUAUCCCAUUAGCGUGGAAUGGUCUUAUUGGCCUAAGGGCUGGCUUUUAUGGAUGUAGAUCUGGGUUUGAUAUCCCCAAGAUUGAAUGCGCAGAUGCUCUCGGAAUGGAAAACGGCAAGAUACCAGACUCGUCCAUUAUGGCUUCAUCACGUUAUAACCAAUAUUGGGGACCAGAGAGAGGACGACUUAACCAGCAGAAAGAGGGGAGUUACCCAGGUGGGUGGAUUUCCCAAUAUGCGAACGCUAAUCAGUGGAUGAUGAUUGAUUUGGGAAAGGUUACCAAGGUGACCAGAAUUGCCACGCAAGGCCGAGCUGACACAGGAUGGUGGUCAAAGUCCUACAGCUUGGAAUACAGUGAAGAUGGAGGAGUAUUAAAACCUUACCAAAAUAGCCAGGAGCUUCAAGGAAAUGCUGACCAUACUAAUGCAGUAGGCCAUAUUCUUGAUCCACCAAUCAUUGCCCGUUUCGUUAAAAUCAACGUCAAAUCAUAUCACGGAUAUCCGUCAUUAAGAGUUGAAUUAUAUGGAUGCACCACUGGGUUCCCAGUACCAACACCACCAAAGUGCAUGGAUGCCCUUGGAAUGCAAAAUGGUAAAAUACCAGACUCUGCUAUUACAGCGUCAAGUGCAGCUAAUGCCGUUAGCUUUGCUCCGCACAUUGGCAGACUUCAUUUCCUCAGUUCUGGCAGUGGCAAAUACGGUAGCUGGGCUGCGGGCGCAAACAAUGCUGAGCAGUAUUUCCAGGUCGAUUUUGGAGGCUGGACGCAAAUAUCAGCCGUAGCCACCCAAGGAAGGCAGGAUGCUGCCCAGUGGGUAAAAACUUUCAGCCUUUCAUUCAGCUAGGAUGUUGUCUUUUGGCAAACAGUCCUAAAUGAAAAUGACCUAAAGCAGGUUUUUGUUGGAAAUUCUGACCAGUUCACACCAGUAAGGAACUCACUUUAUAAACCGAUUAUAACGCGGUUCAUCCGCAUUCACCCAGAAUCAUGGCAGUCCCAUAUCUCCCUGAGAGCAGAAUUUUACGGCUGCAAAGAAGGAUUUGAGCCACCCAAGCUGGAAUGUCAAUCAGAACUUGGAAUGAAAAGCGGCAAGAUUCCUAACAGCGCCCUCACCGCCACCUCUAGCUACAGUGAUUCAUAUCUUCCAAUAUACGCCAGACUCGACAAUACAUUGCCCUCAAAUACCUAUGCCGCUUGGUUUCCAAAGUCACACGAUGACGGUCAGUUUAUUCAAGUUGAUCUGGGAAAAAUCACAAAGAUAACACGUAUUGCCACUCAGGGACGGUACAAUGUAGGACAUUACACAAAAAACUACUAUGUCACGUAUAGUGUCGAAGGCGGCCCUUUCCUCGCUUAUAAGGAGAAUCAGCUUAUUCCUGCUAAUAAAGCCACCACCACCACAGGACACAUUUUCAACCCGCCCAUUAUCGCACGCUACAUACGACUCCAUCCUAAACAGUACGUCGGCUACAAGGCUUUACGAUUCGAACUCUACGGUUGCACAGAAGGGUUUAAAAUCCCAGAAACGCCCGCCUGUGAGCUGCAACUUGGUAUGCAAAAUGGUAGGUUGCCAGAUUCCGUAUUGACAGCUUCAUCGAGUCUGAGUGCCACUUAUGCGCCUGGAAUGGCCAGACUUCAUCAAACUGCUGCCAGCGGUCGCGGUGGAUCCUGGAUAGCAAAAACGCAAGACCUCAACCAGUGGUUUCAGGUUGACUUUGGUGUUGAGACAACAAUUACACGGAUCGACACCCAAGGUCGACAAGAUGGCUCUCAGUGGGUAAAAGAAUAUACUCUUCGAUACAGCGAUGAUGGCUCUUACUUUAAGCAGUACCAACCCGAAGGAUACACGAAGACAUUUGUGGGAAAUAGCGAUCGUUAUACUGUCAUUGGCCACGAAUUGGACCCACCAAUCAGAGCGCGAUAUCUAAGGAUCAUCCCAGAGGAAUGGCAAACCUACAUAGCAAUGAGGCUUGAGUUUUACGGCUGCAAGUCAAAUGACGGUGGAUAUUCAAAUUGGGGAGCUUGGUCCCAGUGUUCCAAAACCUGUGGAAAGGGUAGUUACACCCGCACUCGUACUUGCACCAGUCCUCCUCCGAGCGCGGGUGGAAAGGACUGCUCAGACUUGGGACCCGCGAAAGAGAUUGCAGAAUGCGAUGCUGGAGGAUGCCCAGUCAAUGGCGGCUACUCUGCUUGGGGAGCAUAUGGAGACUGUUCAAAGACUUGUGGAGGCGGGGAACAGACACGUGAGCGAACAUGCACCAAUCCCCCACCACAACACGGUGGAAAGGAGUGCAGUGAACUGGGUCCAAGUUCUUCUACAAGAAGUUGUAAUGAGAAGCCAUGCCCUGGUAAACCAGUUGACGGAGGUUACACGGAUUGGGAGCGGUGGUCAGAUUGCUCCUUGACAUGCGGUGGAGGAAGGCGCAACCGCCACCGACAAUGCACCAACCCUGUGCCACAGAAUGGGGGAAGAGACUGUUCAGGUCUUGGACCGUCGAGCGAGACUGAGGAAUGUGGUACUGCUCCAUGCCCUCUUGAUGGUGGAUACGGCCAGUGGGGAAAAUGGAGCGAGUGUUCAGUUACUUGCGGAAGCAAAAAGGGCACAAGAAGACGUGACAGGCUAUGCGACAGUCCAAAGCCUGCGCAUGGCGGUAAAGACUGCUCUAGACUUGGAAAGGACACAGAGACGGAGGAAUGCAAACCGAAAGCCUCCAAAUGUCCUGUUGACGGUGGUUACGGGAAAUGGGGCAAGUGGGGCAAAUGUAGCGAGACUUGUGGCGGAGGAAAACAAACGAGAAAGCGAAAAUGUAACAAACCGAAGCCGUCAAAGGGAGGGAAAAAGUGUAGUGUUCUCGGACCGAAUAAGGAAACUCAGGAAUGCAACACGAAUCCUUGUGGACCUGCUUGGAAGCCAUUAGGCUGCUAUAUAAUGAAAGCUAAAGCACUCGAUAAGUAUUUCCUAAGAGCAGGAAGCAUCUCUCAGAUUAGCAAGAGAUUCAGCGCAUGCGCAAAAGAGGCCGAGGCUAAAGGAAUCAAAUUGUUUGGCAUGGAUGACAAGCGAUGCUGGACAAGUGAUGACCCAGAGAAAUCCUUCAAUAAGUUUGGAAAAUCGGGAUUGUGCAAGAAAAAGAAACAGUUUGGCACUGGCUUUACAGAGUCACUCACUGUGUUCGUAUACCGUAUGGAUGGCAAAGGUGAAUUUAAAGCGGUGGACUGCUAUGUUAACAGUGCUCCUGCAAUUUUGCCCCAAGCUUUUGACAAAAAUAUCGAGAGUGUGUCUGGUACUGACGCCAUUGAUGAGUAUUGCCAGAAGAAGGCCAUGGAGUUUGGCUACAAAACCUUGGGUGUCGACCAUAAGGGAUGUUGGUCUGGUGACAAUGCAGCUUCAGUAUAUGACGACAACGGCCAAUCAAAGGGAUGUAAAAUCUCAAAGAAAACUGGGAACGGAGUUGGAUCGGAGAUUGAAGCUGAUAUCUUUGUUUAUCACCUGCAAGAAUAAGAUGUCAGAGCGUCAUUAUUCAAACCAGAUGUGAAAUGGCUUUCCGAAAUCAUGGAAAAUGGAUAUCUAUUGUUAGAUUUCUUGAAAUGUAGACACAUUAGUUUUAGUUUAUAAAGAAUAAAGAUGGAGCAUUGAAA